AGCUGGUCCCGUCGGUGCUGUGGAGGAAUGAUGAGACGCUGCACUGUCCUCUCAGUCUGGCUGCUGCUGCUGCUGCUGCUGGGUGAGCGCACCAGUGGAGCUCCAAUCACUACAUUCUCUACAACCGUUAAUGAGCAACCAUCCAGCACAACAGCCUCAGCGUCCAGCGCAACAACCAUGAUGAUCUCCAACACCAGCCUCUCUAACGCUCAGAGCACCAGCAGCUCCAUCCUCAACACUACCACCAGCCCCGUCUCCAACAGUUCAUCUCAGCGGCCUCAAAACACCACCACAGCUUCAGGGUCCACCAGCCUGAACACCUCGACCUGCACAGUCCACUCACUGAGCUCCUCUAGACCACAGCAGCAACAUCACUGUGAAGAGACUGUCAUCACAGAGAGGUGA